AAAGGGGGAAAGGCGGGAGGUUGAAAUUGCUGGUACUUUCCGGCGGCUCUCCAGAAAUGGAUCAAUUUACGCCUUGUUGGAAAAGAAAAAUAAAAACAAAUUGAAGAAGAAAGAAUACAAAUUUUAAUAGAAAAUUUUCUUUGCUGAAGAUACAAAAAUUGAAGGAAGAAGAAAGUUCUAGGAUAAAAAAAUGGUCCUAUGGGAGAUCACAUUGGGAACAGCGUAUUUUUUGGGUCUAAAACGAACUUACAAGUUGUUUUUGAAGAUUCAGCGUAAGCUCAUCAGUCCUAAAUAUCCCAGGCUUCGUGAUGUCGCUCAUAGGCGAACACGAUCUGCAUUUGACGUGGCAUUGACCAUUCAUCGCAAGGUGCAGGAAAGAGAUAUUGAAGCUGGUAGGAACCUUGGUAAUUGGAUCCUUCGAUGGCUUGACAAAAUGAAGCCAUCUGCUAAUAUUCGAGGCUCAGAUAACAAUGCAAUUAUGGGUGCAACUAAGCGGCUUACGAACUCAUCUCACUCCCCCAAGCCCGAAACUUUCCAGAAAUAUGGUGCUGGCAAGGACAAGGAGUCCAGCAGCAGGCAUCUGUUUACCUCAGCUAGGAACACAUGGCAGAAAGCUUACCCAACCAUUUCCAUGAUGAUCAAACCAAGAAGCCCAGCUGGAACAAAUAUCCAAUACAGGCAGUUCAACACUGUUUUGCCAACUAGUUUUAAAGCCAUGAAUCAUGCGAAAUAUGGUUUUGAUGGAGUGAUCCGACCGGAUAUAUUACAGUGGAUUCAACGAAGCUAAUCCAUUAACUACUUUGUUGCUGCUUUUUGGCCUUUUCACUAGUGGAGCUGAACCCUCGAGAAAAGGCAUAUCCAGUACAAAUAAAAGCUAACUAGAUCAGUGCCAUCAUGGAAAAAGAAGGUUCCGACUUGUAGUCUUUGUGGUUUCUGUUUUCUUUCGGCUGGACCUAGUCCUUUUAAGUCGGUAUUGUACAUUCUUUUUGGAUUCUGCACCGCGUGCACUUCAACUAGCAGUGAUUAUGUUGUUUCUACUCUGUUGCAGCCUCUUUGGGAUUCAACCUUAUUGUUGAUGUGGAUCGAGACUGAAAUCAUCAUCCACAUCAACAAAAUGAAAUCCAAAAAUUAAUGCUUCUUUA